CCACGUCGGCUCCCCCCGCCGAGCCCCGGCGUGCGCCUGCCGUUGGGUCUUGCCGCCCGCUGCUCCCGCCGCCGCCGGCGCCUCGCCCGGCGCAGUGUGGCGGGCGUUGGAUGCUGCCCCGGAGGGGACGGCGGAGCCCGGCGCCCCCGGCCGGCCCUCGCCGAGGCCGUCCCGCGGUGGCAUUUGUUUUGGGAAAAGAAGAGCCAGGUUUCAAAUUUACCUGUGGAAGUGCCUAUCAUCUCUAGAGGCAGCUGGAAAAUUACUGGAACAAAGAGGAAAACAUCUCGUUAAAUGUGGGCUGCAUGCUGUUACUGAUGCUUAUAGCCUUCUUCGAGGAGCAUGGCACUGAAGCUCUUACCUUUUGGUAGGUACGUGGGAUGAAGAGAGCCUGACCCCUGUGCGGAGAGGAGUUCCCUGGAGGCCCGCUGGCGUGGGCAUGAGGAGCUGCCCACAAUGAGCAAGGCGCUGCUGGCCAGCAAGAUGCCACAGGAGUGUCGGAGCAUGUGCGUCUUUCUGCCCAACAGAGAGCAGCUCAGUGUAACCGUUGGGGUCAAAGCCACUGGACAGGAGCUCUUUCAGCAAGUUUGUGAUUUAGUGAAGAUUAAAGAGCCUCACUUCUUUGGCCUCAGCAUUGUUAAAAAUAAUGAAUAUGUUUUUAUAGACCUGGAGCAGAAGCUUAGCAAAUACUUUUCAAAGGAAUGGAAGAAAGAGACAAGCAAAGGAACAGAGAAAUUUAGCCCUCCUUUCGUGGCAUUCUUUAGAGUACAAUACUACGUAGAAAACGGAAGGGUGAUAAGUGACAAGGUGGCAAGGCAGCUCUACUACUGCCAUCUCAAGGAGCAGGUACUGAGGUCUCGGUGCAACCACAAAGAAGAAAUCUACUUCCUGUUGGCUGCCUACAGCUUACAGGCAGACUUGGGCAACUACAAGGAGGAAGUCCAUGCUGGCAGAUAUUUUGAACCUCAGGCUUAUUUCCCACAAUGGAUAAUUGCAAAGAGGGGGAGUGACUACAUCUUGAAACAUGCCCCAGAGAUGCACCGAGAACAGCAAGGCCUGACUGCUAAGGAAGCAGUGCUGAAGUUCAUUAAGGAGUCCUGCUUAUUGGAAGAUGUGCCUGUCCACUUCUAUAGGCUGCAGAAGGAUAAGAAGGAGGACCGCCCGACGGUUAUCCUGGGUCUGACCCUUAGAGGAAUGCACAUCUAUCAGGAGGUGAAUCAUGUUCGUCAGCUCCUCUAUGACUUUCCCUGGUCACACAUCGGGAAGCUAGCAUUUCUGGGGAAAAAAUUUGAGAUCCAGCCAGAUGGCUUGCCCUCUGCACGGAAAUUGGUUUACUACACAGGUUGCCCCUUUAGGUCACGGCACUUGUUGCAGCUCCUCAGCAGUAGCCACCGUCUCUUUCUGAAUAUCCAGCCAGUGUUGAAGCAAAUCCAAAAACUGGAGGAGGCUGAAGCUUCCCCUGGUUUCUCAUGUCUGUCUUCCUCAGAGAAGAAGCGCUACCGGGAGUCCUACAUCAGUGACACACUAGACAUGGACCUGGACCCAUCUGAUAAGAACUCACGUGGCAGUGGGAGCAGUGGAGGUAGCCAGAGGGAUAACCGUCUCUCACGCCAGUCCACAGGGAGUCAUGGCAGCUCUCACACGUCUGGCAUCGAGGCUGACUCAAGGCACCGAGUAUCUGUGGAAAUGUCAGUGGAUGAGCCCUUCAGCAUUGAUAGGAUACAUAGGAAAGAAAAAUCCUGCAGCUCAACCAUCAGCUAUGGUAGCUCUGGCAUUGACAGUGGCAGCAAAGGAAGGGCUGAAGAUGAUGAGCUUGAGCUGGCAGUAGAUGAGCCUGAGGAGAUGCCUGUAGAUGAACCUUUAGAUGGAGAUGAGCUAGAGGAGGCUACUGUGGGAGAAUCUGUUGAUUCACUUCGUCUAGAUGCUGCUAGCUGCCCAGCUAUUAAUCAGGAAUCACUGUCUGUGGUGCAAGUCACACUGAUAAAAAUGAGAGGUCAAAGUGUGGAAUCCCUUCAUCAGGUCAGGCCGCCCAAAGGCAGGAGGUGCACAGACCAGCACAGCCAGAGUUUGGAUGAUAUCCGCCUUUACAAGCACCAGCAUCCACCACUAAGUGCCACGCUGUCUUCGGACACGUCUCACAGCUACACAUUCGGCUGUACCCUGGAGGAUAAGCUGGCUAUCUAUGGCUGCGUUUAUUCCACAGCAGACUGCAAAACCAAGUCCGCCCUUUAUGGGAAGCGAUCCAUGAACUGCCUCUCCUUGGACCUUCUGGGAGAGGACCAGCUCCCAGAGGAAUUUGUGGUGUAAUGAGAUUGGAGCUCUUCCACAUCAGGGAACAGCUCAUCAUGGAAACAGAAGUGAUUAUAUAUACCUCAUUAACCCAUGUGAUGUCAAUCUGGUUCUUGCAGGAGAUUGUAAGUAGCUUUGUUACUCAGCUUCAUAAUCAGUAAGUGACAUCACUUCUGCAGACAUGACUAUAGGGCAAAUUAACUGGAGUGUAGCACUUAAUUUGGCAUUUAAAGCAUCUGUUUAGAAGAAAAUUAAAGUGGCCUGCACCCUUACCAGUGUCAUAACUGAUGUAAAACCCCCAAAUAGUGGACCAAAACUGAUACUGAGUUGUUAAAGAAAGCAUUUUGUCAAAAUGGAUUUACCAGAAAGAAAUUAAACAGUCCAUGUCAGUUUAGCUUUCUGCCUUUCUCUUAUGAUCCAUUUAUGUUAAUGCUAGUAUACAAAUAGAUUUGUUGCCUUGAGUUUUGUGCUGCUUCAACACUGCCAACAGCUGUCAGGCUAGGAUAUACUCUGAGUAUGUCAGCAGGUAUGUGUAUGGUAAAGUCUAGUCUGUUCUCUUUUUAAUGAACAAAAGUCACCCAUUUCCUUUACUGGGCACAAGACCUGCCCCACUGUGAGUUUUUUUCUAGGCGUUUUUGUUUUGUUUUAAGCAUCCAGCCAAAUACAGUGUGGGUUUUCUGUUUUCCUUUGUUCUUUCUAUGUUUUUCUUUUUCUUUCCUUUUUUUUCUUAAUGCAAGAAAUGGAACUGUCAGCUGUCUACUACUUCCAUGAUUAGAUUGGUAGGUAAAUUCUUAUAUCCUAGGGGAGGUGGGGGAGAGAACAAAUGAGUUGACUUGUCCUCGCAGAAGCAGCCAAGAUGAUAACGCUAAUUGGCUCUUGAAGAUGGGAGUGUGACUGGAAAAUUUGUCCAAGCAUGAUCACCCCUUACUUUGAAUCAUAGUUUUUAGGUUGUUCUUUAUUUUUAAUAAAUCUGUUCCUUAGAAAUUUUUAUCCUUUGCUUAGGAGGCAAGUAUGGGCUGGAGAAAGUCACUCUGGAAGGACAAAUCGGGUAAUUAUUAGUGACUUUGUCCGAUUUAGUCCUGGAUAGGGUGAGCAAGUGUGAGUGAAUGAUGCUGUAGGACCCAUGAUGGUGGAAGUUUAGUGAGGUUGUGUGUCAAGCCAGGAGAACGUGUAUGAUGACUCUGAGUCCUACAGAGCUGGCUAUGCUGGCUCUCACUGAUACAAUAGCUAUGAUUAUGCUGUUUGAUUAAAGCAUUUGUUUGGUGCAAAAAACAUGUUGUCACCUUCUAGCAGCUAAAUAAAGGAAUAUUUAUUUGAUUUUCUUCCCUUCCUCCUCCUCCUCUCCCUCCCCCCCCAAGUUGAUUCCCAGCAUUUUUUUUCCAUUAUUUCAAGCAAAGCCAAAAAUGCCUUUCCAAAAUACUGAAGAUAUUUGUCCUGUAUCCAAAAUAAACUCUGCUAAAUGGAUCUAAAUGGCUAAAGAGCAUCCAUCUGCUCAUGAACAGGCUGGUCUUCUAGCCUCCCCUACCUGGGGCCUGUUUGGCAGUAGUCUAUGGAGAGGGGCAUAUCCAUGACCCAGGAGGCUGGUGGCUGUGCUUCAUGGAAAAACCUUAUUCCACAGAAUGAAACCAGCUUCAGCACUGGAUAGAUGGGUCUUAUUCUGGUGGUGCCUAUGUUUUAAUGAAAAAGCAGGGAGUUCUGGUGUGACCUCUCUGCUUAGCUGUUGCUCUCCACACUGUGCUGAUGUAUUAUUUGUGGUUCUGUCAACAGACACUUACUAGAAAAAAAAGGUUGUAAAGUGGGAAGAGCUGUUUGGAAAACUGUCAUAAGACAUGGGACACACAUGCUCACAGCCAUUCACAUGUGUUUUCUCAAAGGCAAUCACAUUCAUACCUGCUUCAGCCUAACCAGCUUACCCGAAAUGUUUAUUACCAUUAAUCAGCUUGAUGUUUUCUUUUUAGUGUUACCAAGCAUUAAAUGGAAUUGGUGAGAAAGAGCAUGUGUUGGAACUCUGGGUAUUUCUAUUUCUGCUAAGAUGACUUGAAAACAGUAUUUCUACAUACACUUGAACUCUUGUUGCCACUAUUCCAAAAUGCUGUAAUGUUAGUGUUGCUGGUUUACAAAAUAUGCCAAUGCCUAACAACAAUGUAACUGGUUCUUGCAUGUGCGUUCGUUGCUUCUGAUGCCUGUAUGUACUUGGAGGCGGGGGCAGGGAGGGUGUAUUUAUUCAUGCCUUGUGGGGAAGGAAAACUCUCCAAGUUUGACUGUCGUCUUUCAUUUGUCUACACAGCGCCCUCCAGUAGUGUAAGCUACAUAUGUAUAUGAAGGGGAGACUGGACACUUUUGUGUGUGUAGACUGAAAAUGAAUUAAUGAAUAUCUUACAAGCACUGUGAAUAUCUAUUAUGCAAGUUUUUGUAUUCAUAUGAAAAAAACCUGUUUCCAGUAGUAGUAGAUUUUGUUAUCUUUAAACUUAGAAGGUCUCUUAUUAUUUUGGUUUUGAUUAGUUUGAUAGAGGGUAAUGUAAGCAUUUAUCAGCUGAUGUUAGGAACUAGCCGCCAAUAUUUGUACAUAUUUGUAAUAUACUCGUGGUAUAAUCACUCUAUUUUAAUUGUAAGCAUUUCUCCUUUCCAUGAAAGGAAUUUCUUGUUUAAAAUAAAAUAUAAAUAAUUAUAUGUACACCUGCAAUAAAGUAUGGAUAGAAAAAGGUAA